AUGCUCCAGGGGCUUGACAUGAAGCUUCAGUCGUUGACUGUGCGAGUUGUUUGCAAAUUACGCCAGGAGCAAUGCGGUGGGCCUGUCAGUUGCAGACCUUCACGUGCCAAGAGCCUGCAGCCACAGCUCGUGCCAGAUUGCGCUUUCAGCAGUGGUCCGCAACCCACGCGACCCAAGGCUUUUCGCUUGGCCGCCUUUUCCAGCUCGACGUGCGAAGAACUUUUUUGCGCAUGCAGCGUACGUGCACUUUUGGGGUUGGAUGUGACACUUUUGUCGUUGAGAAGUCCGCAGGUGAUGCCAGGGCGAAACUCGCUGUUGGACUUGCCAGUGGCAAGCCUUCAGGUGCAAUGA